UAAAAGGAGUAAUCAGUCCACGGCACUCUUUACUCUCCUCCUUCACUGUUUUCUGCUUCCUUCUCUAUUAUCAGAGCAACACAGUGUUUUUCAGAAGCUCUUCUCAUCAUGGGGAACUUUGCUGCCAAUGAGGGACUCUCCAUCUUUGUUAUUCUGGUGUGGCUCGGGAUCAAUGCCUUCCUGUUUGUCCAUUUCUACAUGGCCUUCCUGGUGGAGAGAUGGUUUUACACCAGGGUCCUGCUUGGGCAUGCUCUGUCCUGGGCCAGAGCUCCCGCCGCCUGCCUCAACUUUAACUGUAUGCUUAUCCUGCUUCCAGUGUGCCGAAACCUCCUGUCCUUCCUCCGUGGAACCAUCCAGUGCUGCAGCCGCACAGCCGCUCGUCAGCUCGAUCGAAACCUCACCUUUCACAAACUGGUGGCGUACAUGAUCGCCUUCCACACAGCGGUGCACAUCGGUGCCCAUUUGUUUAACUUUGAGUUUUUCAUGGACGCCCAGCUGGAUCGCAACAGCAGCCUUCUGCCCUUCAUCUUGUCUGAAAUCGGCACCGGGGACAACGCCUCCUUCCUGAACCCCAUCAGGACUAACGAGACGAGCCCUACCAUCGUCAUGUUCACCACCAUCGCCGGUCUGACGGGCGUGGUCAUCACGCUGGCCCUCAUCCUCAUCAUCACUUCAUCCAUGGAGGUGAUCCGCAGGUCCUACUUCGAGGUCUUCUGGUACACACACCACCUCUUCGUCAUCUUCUUCAUUGGACUGGUUUUCCACGGCUUCGGGCGGAUCGUGCGAGGACAGACAGCCGCUAGCCUGAAGACAAACAGGCCCGAUGUUUGUGCUGACCAGUUUGAAGACUGGGGAAACAACGGCUCCGAGUGUGCCGUACCAGAGUUUGCUGGAAACCCGCCGAUGACGUGGAAGUGGGUGGUGGGCCCCAUGAUCCUCUAUGUGUGUGAGAGGCUCGUCCGACUCUAUCGCUCCCACCAGAAAGUUGUCAUCACCAAGGUGGUGAUGCACCCGUCUAAGACUCUGGAGUUGCAGAUGAAGAGGAAAGGUUUCCAUAUGGAGGUGGGUCAGUACGUCUUCAUCCAGUGUCCGUCCGUCUCCAGGCUGGAGUGGCACCCCUUCACCCUGACGUCCGCCCCCGAGGAGGACUACUUCAGUGCCCACAUCCGUAUCGUCGGAGACUGGACCCAGGCGCUGUACGAGGCCUGCGGAGGAGACAAAACGGAGCCUCAGGAGGCCUGGAAAUUGCCUAAGCUGGCCAUAGACGGGCCGUUUGGGACGGCCAGUGAAGACGUGUUUCGCUAUGAGGUGGUGAUGCUGGUCGGCGCCGGGAUCGGUGUCACUCCUUUCGCCUCCAUCCUCAAGUCUGUGUGGUACAAACGCAUCCAGAACAACCAGGACGUCUUCACCAAGAAGAUCUACUUCUACUGGCUGUGCCCAGAGACGCAGGCCUUCGAGUGGUUCGCUGACCUGCUGCAGUCUCUGGAGGGUCAGAUGGCCGAGAAGGGUGUGACCGACUUCCUCAGCUACAACAUCUACCUCACCCGCUGGAAGGAGACUGAGGCGGCUCACUUCCGUGUCCACCAUGAGGCGGAGAACGAUCCAAUCACGGGGCUCAAACAGAAAACUCUUUAUGGCAAACCCAACUGGGACAACGAGUUCACCCAUAUUGCGUCAAAGCACCCAGGAACUAAAGUGGGAGUGUUCCUGUGCGGUCCGCCUCAGCUGGGGAAAUCUCUGGAGAAACAGAGUCUGUCUCACACAGAGGGCGACGUCAAGUUCAUCUUCAACAAAGAGAACUUCUAACAACAACCAGGAGAGAGAGGGGAAACGGCACAAGUACUGAAAAGGCGACGAUUAUGUAUCACAGCAGGGUUCGAUGUUUUUAAACGUAUUCUUUACAACUGUUACCACUGGCAGCUCAUCAGGGGUCUCUGCUUCUCGCCACAGGCGUUCUGCAAAGACGCCGAUGUUGCUAAAAAAUGGAGGAAAUAGCCGUGCGGUAUUUUCCACAUUACCUUGUUCUCCUUUUGUGUUACAUCAAUAAGUGAAGCUACUUUCAAAACCGUUCUUCCUAUUUUCAUUUUUUUUUUUUGCUCACACAAGACGUGGACAAAGUCACGUAUUUCUGAAAAGCAGGUUUGAUACCUCAUGGUUCAAAUUCCCUGCUUAAAUAAAUAAAAUACAAAUAAACUGCUUAAAUGGCCCUCGAGCAAGGCAUUAAAGCUUAGCUACAGUGGCUCCACUGUUGAGCAGCUCAAAAUUUGCCAAAUAACAAAAAAGUAAAGCAUUUUCACGUUUAGUUUUUAUUCCGUGUGCAUGAGUACAGGAUUUAGAAAUACUGUUCAUGAAUCAUAGACAAGGCUUUUUCAGAUAAUGAAUGGAUUUUCUUUGGUCUGGUUUUGUUAUAAACCAGCAGCCUUCUGGUUACAGUGUGUGAUCGUGUCUGAAAAAAUUACUAAAUGUUAUGUUUUAUUUAAAUUGUA